UCUUCUUGAGCAUCAGCAGAAAGGAGAGAAACCACUCUGAGAGCAUCAUGGCAACUACACUCCAGUCUCCAUUGCAACUUCUCACCUUGGGGCUCUUGUUGUUGGCUUCUCCGGUUUACCUGCAGCGGCCACCACCUUGCGAGAUCAUCAGAAACACCGUGACCCGUGGUUCUUACAACCUAGAAGUGUCUCCCCUUUAUUACAAACCCGGUGCCAUCUACACAGUAACCAUCACCGGGAUAGCAAAUGCAACCUCCCUUAUCCUUCAGGCGGUGUCCUCCGAGGAGGGUCCGAAUGGCCUUUGGGAAAGCGAAAACCAACCCAUCGCAUGCAGUGACACGGAGAGUCUGGUGCAAAAAAACGUUUCUGGCAGCGGCACUUGGACCCGGUGGACUUCCCCAAGUAAUGGCAAUGGGGCAACUGCCGAAAUAAGGGCUUUCGUCUCCUUCGCCAACGGCACAACUCUGCUGCAGACAAGGAGCCUGGUGCAAGACAUGGCCACAACUGUUGUCGCAACACCAUCCACUGCCUCUGAGCCCACCUCCGGUUCCCACCAUCCAACGCUCCUCGACAACACAACUGACAGCCACAUGCUCCACAACGCAACUGUGGUCCACCCCAACUUGGCGUCUUCCCACCAGUGGACCAAAGGCCCUCCUCACAGUGGUGUUUCUAUGGCACAUGCCAGCUCCCUCCUCCUGGUGCUCCUUCCCAUCUCUCUGGGCUACAAGCUCCUCUCCUAAGAAGGACCUCCCCAGAAGGAAGACCCAAGAUUUAAUGUGUGCUUCCAUCUUCACCUCCAACUGGAACGUGAAGAGCGGAGGCAUCCUCAGGCAAGAAAUCUCACCCCUUUCCCCACGUCUCUCUUCUUUCCUCUACCAAUGCCAAGAAGUACCCACAUUUUUAAUUGCACUUUCCCCAUAGUCAUCCUGAUCUCGCCCAAUUCUGUUGACACAAGAGACAAUGACAGCAGAAAGCUGUAUGGUAAAAGCCAAAGAGUGAAGGCCCAAGGGAUGGUGAUUUGAAGGGGAGGAAAAACUAAUAACCCAUGCUGCCAGGUGGCAAAAUAUAAUAAUAAUAACAAUCUACAUACUCAGGGUAAAUAUUCAAAUUGUUCCGCCAAACGCAGUAGGCUGAGGCACACUACCCGGAUGCCUAAUAGUAGGGCCAGUUCUCCAUCCCAGGUUGCUAUGAAGUACCAGUGCAAGAGCCAGGAAUUAGGCUGUGAGUGUGUGUUAGUGUCUGGACAAAAAUAUCACUCCAGGGUUGAAUAAAUGUGAAGUCCAUGCACUGAAUGCACAAAGUAACCCUUACACUGAAAGGCAACAUUGUGCAAUGGAAGACACACUGGAGUGUGCAGCCCAAUACCCAAUAUAAUGUGCAUCUCAAUGCUAUGAUGAUGAUGCAUCUCAUGCACCUCUGCAUGCAUGAUGCCACCACAUUUGCAACCCAGCUUCUACAACCUUGAAUGUUCCUCAAAAAACCCAAAAUGUCCAGCUGUCUCUAUUGGGGGAUUUAAGAAACCAAGUGGAUUCCAGGAGCCAUGAUUAGAAAAUGAAGCCUUCCAGGGUGCCUUCUAGUGCCAUCCCAAGUUUUCUGAACCUCGGAAGAGGGAGUAACAAACUGGUCAAUACUUGGGGAACAUUUGACUUCUGAAUACACUGGAAAAUGGGAGAUAAAGCAGUCCGACUCUGGAAUCACUGCAAUGUCCACCAAGCUAAAACUGGAGCCAUGAUCCACAGGGAACUCUGCAAAAGUAGCUGAGAGCUGUAUAUGAAAAGCAAGGGAAGGAGAGACUGUUCCAGAAUUCCAGCUUUGGAUUUAAACACAGAUUCGAACGUCCAUUUCCUUCUAACCAACUUCUCCGAAGGGGGCCUACAAUAUUACGGGGAGAAAGAGCUCUUCAUAUGUAUUAUUCCCCUGCUGGCAGGGCAUUUCCUCUGGGACUGUAAAAUAUUGCCCUUGCCGAAAAUAUACCCAGGUAAUGAUCCAUGUUCCUUGGGAAAUACCUCUUUUGCUGUCUCUGAAGACUCACCUAGGACAGGAAUUUGGUCACAGAGGGAGGAAAUGAAAACAAAUUGGGGUUUGAUACCUUGAUGUCACUGUGCGUUUAUUUUAUUUUAUGUAGCUGUAGAUAUUGGUUGCAAACUGGCCACGUUGGUUGCCAACAGCUUUUGUAUAGACUGUGUUUCCUUGGGAAAAUGUAUUUUGGAAAUCCCAUGUUGUUUUAAAGACCUUUUUUGUCCCAAUAAAGUGUCUUCAUUACCUCCCAGGUAA